AUGGAAGCCCAAAUGAAGCGGGCACAGGAAGAUUACAAAACCAACAUGGAUUCUAUACCAGUUGGCUGGAAUGCUGUGGGAAUGGCAGUAGUAGAAUCACUAGUUGGUACAGUCAAUUCAUUCAGCCCUGGAAAAAUUAUGAAGAAUUUGUUCUCUGGAGGGAGCAGUAAUGAACUUAUCUCUAAAGGCACUGAGAAUAAUAUCAUUUCUAAAGCAGGGACCCUACAGUCUUCAAUACAAAUGCUUUAUCCCUUCCAGACCCAUGAUGGGAAAAUUGACUUGAAUAAACUGAAAGGUGAGGAUGGAACUAAAAUGUUAAACUGGUGUAAACAGAACUUGGAGAAAUUUCAGGAGGAGGCAGGAACUGGAGGUGAUUGCCCUGAGAAGGUUGCAGCCCUGCAGAACUGUAAAACAGGAAUUGGAAUAUGUGAGGGCCUCGAAAACCUGCGAACAUCUAAUCCAGCUGAUGAAAAGGAAAUGACCCAAAUAGCUGAGAAGAUCAGAAAAGUGACGGAGGACACGAUAAUGUUUACCACUUGCUGCAAUGCAAAGGCAGGGAACAUGGGUGUAACAGCCACUCCACCACACAUGUCUCGAGCGGACCCAGGAGAGGGCGCCAGUAGUUUAUCCACAGCCACUCUCAAUGCCAGGUUCAAAGUGGAGCAGUCUGCAGCACAGCUACGUGUUGCACAGGAAAUGUAUGAUAAAAGCUUUGAGAAUAUACAGAAGAAUAAUAAAGAACUGCAAGAGACCCUGGAAACUCUGAAGAACUGUCAGGUUCAGGAAAUAGACUUUGAUAAAACUGUGAAGAUGCUUCUGAAGGGAUUGGAUGCAUUGGGCCGUGUGAAAGAACAAUGGGGUAAGAUGGUUCUCUUCUUCACCAUGAUGUCAAACCUGAUUGGAAGCUCCUUGAACCCAUCACUUCACAAAUUCAUACAGUACAGUGAAAAGAUUUCCUCUGGCUAUUCACAGAACCAGCUGACCCAGGACCUGCUGUACACGCAGAUUUCUCAAGCCACUAAUAUUGCAAGCCUUGUCCACAUGAUUGCUGAAACAUACGUGCAGGUUUCCACCCAUCAUCUGAUGGACCGGGUCAACAGCCUGGGGAAAUUAAUGGGCCUCGACCCAAAUCGAGAUAGCAUUAAAUUUAUGAGAGAGCGUAAGAAAUUUGGAUCAGACUGUACGGAAGCAGGAAAAGCCAUUGAAGAUCUUGUAAAGAAGAACAAAGCACAGUAUGAAAAACGCGUGCAAGUGAGAAUAGACAGAAUCCACAACAGUGUGAUGCCUUUGCUACCCCCUGCCACACCAGAAAAAAUGAAAGAAAUUGAGGAUACUGUGAAAGAAAUGAUCCAAGGGACAAUUGUGGAAAUAACAGAGGAAGACAUGAAUGAUUUUGUCUGA